UCUCUGUUUUUGAUCUUUUUUGGUGUUUGACUGUUUUCUAAUUUAAAUAAGGAAAUAAAAUAGUUUCUUACGUAAAGUCUCUGUUUGAGUUAGAGUGUUUAAACUAUUCAUAAACAAGUGUAACUGUGAUUUGAUCAUUCUUGGAGUGAGUGUAUAAAUAAUCUCGAAUGAGCGGAUUUGCUUCACAGAUUCCAUCCAUGGCGCUUCUCGGAUCCGGCUUCACCAGGGAGGUUGGAUUACGAGUACUGCUUUCUCCACUUGGUUCCAAUAUCGUACUUCGUACAGCAUGCUGUUCCAUUGGCAUCGGGUUGCCAGUAUACUCAACUUUCAAGGCAAUAGAGAAUAGAGAUCAGAGUGCAGAACGUAAAUGGCUUAUUUACUGGGCAGCUUAUGGUUCUUUCAGCCUUGUUGAAGUGUUCACGGACAAGCUCAUUUCUUGGUUUCCUCUGUAUUAUCAUGCAAAGUUUGCGUUCCUCGUCUGGCUUCAACUUCCCACCAUUGAUGGAGCAAAGCAAAUAUAUAACAACCGCCUUCGCCCUUUCCUAAUACGACACCAAGUUAGUGUGGACCGACUCGUGGAUGGAGUCUAUGGAGAAAUGGUCAAAGUCGUUAGGACACACCAGGGAGGAAUACGGUUGGUGCGAUCAAUCAUUAUCAAAAUCUUGGGAUCAGGCAAUGAAGCUGCACCACCAAGCGAACGACAAGAAGAAACACCAAACAUUAGCCCUGAACCAGAACCAUCAACAGCAACAAUACGAGACUUAGAAGAAUCUGAAUCCGAUCAUGAAGACUAAUAAAACAAACAAGUGUAACAUCAAGUAUGGUAAUCACUAUUACACAAAACGUCAAAUGGUUGUAUGGUCAUCAUGGUCACGUAAAUCUCAAAUAACUUCAGACUGGUUUACAAAUAAGUUUUUUAUAAUACGUUA